UUCCAAACGUUCCGUUGUCGUAAGCGAUGGCCAACUAUUUAGUUUUCAACCGAGGCCGCGACCAUUGAUAAAUUUUCUAAAGAGUAAUUAUUUCAUAAAGCUUAUAACUGUUUUUGGUGCCGCAUUUAAAUUUUAUAUAAUGCGAGUAAGCGCUGUUUGGCAGCAUUUCGACAAAGUUGAUGGUGGUAGAAGAGUAAAGUGCAAGGAGUGUAACAAAUUAUUGAAGUACAACAAAAGCACGACAACACUCUCAUUUCAUCUUAGAGCUAUGCAUGGAAUAGACACGACAAGAUCCAAGACUCAGUUGGAAUAUUCUGAUCCUGCAGGUACUAUUAGAGAACUGACAAGCGAAUAUUGUUUCUUAUGUGGCAAAUCGAACAAGCAAUCAAACCAAACAUUUCAAAAUAUAGAAACAUGUAAGGUACCUGCCUCAGGAAAGCCGAUUCAGGUCGUAUUAAAGCAUUUGGCGAAUUGUGUGAAAACAAAUUUGGUUUUCCAAGGGGUCGCAUGUAUUUGCAUGGAAUGUUGUGAUGAGUUAGCUGAAUAUGACAAUUUGAUGGUCAACUUACUUUCUUUUCAAAAACGUCUAACCGAACGAUUGCGGUCGGUUUUAUCUGGAGAACUUAAAUUGGAACAAGUUGAUUAUGACGAGUCAAUCGCCGAAGCUAUGAUCGUCGAAGAUGAUGGUCAAAUUGAAGAUGCAUUCAACCCAGAUUUGGACGCCAAAGAAGAAUUAAUAGAAAUAGUUGGUAACGAAGAAAAUGUAGAGAGCACCAAUAUUGAAGAUGAUGAAAGUUUUCAGAGUGAUAAAGAUAUUGAUGAUGGUGAUGACGAAUGGACCACUGAAAAAAAUGUAGGAGAAAGAAGUCAGGAAUGUGUCGUUUGCGGACUGAUUUUUAAAUCAAAAGCCGAACUUCAGAGGCAUAUAAAUUCUGCUCAUGAUAUUAAACAAUUUGUAUGCAAUAUUUGUGGUGCUGUCCGAAGAGACGAAGAAUACUUGGAAUUACACAUGAAUAUACACGAAGGAAAAACCGAAAAUGAAUGUCGCUACUGCGAUAAACGUUUUACCAGGCCAGUAAACACUUUACGGCAUAUGCGUAAACAUUGGGACAAAAAAGAAUAUCAAUGUGAAAAAUGCGGGGAACGUUUUUCCUUAGAUAAUAUGCUGUAUAACCAUCGAAUGCGUCAUGAGGCCGAAGAAAAUCCUCUUAUUUGCAGCAUUUGUAAUCAGUCAUUUAGGUCAAGGAAAACUUAUAACCAUCAUAUGCUAAUUCAUCAAGAAAAUAGGCCAAGACAUCAAUGCACACAUUGCUCAAAGUCAUUUACAGAACGUUAUACGCUGAAAAUGCAUAUGAGGACUCAUAAUAUCGAAUUACCGUCUUGCCGAUCCCAAGUAACGAAAUUCUUGGAAGAACAAGAGCAAGAACAGAACGAAACUAAGGAAGCCGUGUCUAUGCUAAUAUCAAAAUUCGAAACUGCUUCUCCUGAAAAGGAGUUCAGGUGCGUUAUUUGCAGCCGUGUAUUUGAGAAUAAAGAAAACUUAGAAAAGCACUUAGAAAGCGAUCACGAUGUUAUUUUAACCGACGAGCACAACAAUUGAUUAUUAUUUCCACGAUGAUUAUGUAUUUUAAUAAAUAUUAUUUUUGUUAUGAAUAAAAAUUUACAUCUUGCAAUUGUCGAAAA